AUGCCACUCUAUGCUAAGUUUCUGAAGGAAUUGAUGACCAAGAAAAGAAGUUGGAGGAAUGAUGAAACUAUGAUACUUACUGAGGAAUGUAGUGCUAUUAUCCAACACAAGCUACCUCAAAAAUUGAAGGACCCAGGAAGCUUCCAAAUUCUCUGUAUCAUAGGGGAAAUAACAGUUGAGAAAGCCUUGUGUGAUUUGGGAGCUAGUAUAAACUUGAUGUCCUUGACUAUGAUGAAAAGGAUGAAGAUUGAGGAAGCCAAACCAACAAGAAUAGCCCUCAAACUAGCAGAUCGAUCAUUCAAAUUCCCUCAUGGCAUAGUAGAAGACUUGCUUGUGAAAGUAGAAGACUUCAUCUUUCCUGUUGACUUUGUAGUUUUGGACAUGGAGGAGGAAGCCAAGGCAUCAAUAAUCUUGGGAAGGCCAUUUUUAGCUACUACUGGGGCCAUCAUUGAUGUCCAGAAGGGUGAACUUACCCUUAGGCUACAUGAUGAGAAAAAUGGUAUUCAACGUAUUCAAGGCUAUGAGCUAUCCACUAGAGUCACUAGGAGAACCAGAGUCACCAGGAGAGUGUAUGAGGCUAGAUGCAGUGGAAACGGUAGUGCAAGAGACACUUGA